AUGAAGGCAGAGGUUGUCACUCUACCGAAAGGGUAUUUUCCCCCUUCUAUUCCGACUGAGUUGAAGGCAGAGCAUGAAGACAACAUGGCCUAUUGGAACGAGUUCGGGUAUGAGGGCAGGGACGACCCUACAGUAAUCCACCCCCGAGAUUUGAAUUCGCCCCCAUCUCUCGAUACUGUGGGGGACUACGUCAAGAAGUACGACUGGAUGAAGGUGUUUGGUUCUUAA